AUGGGGGAUUUGGACUUCGACACCGUCUUGAAUCUGAUGGAGAAGACGGAGAAGGAAGGCGAAAAAGCAUCUGCAGAGGCCUCCCCAGUGAGCAACGGCGCCCUGAGAUCGAAGGCAGCAGACGAGAGACCCAGACGCACUUCAGACUCCGAGGGACACCCAGAAAGAGAGAACCGCCACGAAGGGCGGGAGAGGAGCGAAGACAAUCCUCGCAGAGGGGAUGACGGCAGCCCCUCGUCUAGGAGGGGAGGCCCUCGGGCUGAAGAGAGCCCUGAAGGAAGGAAAGGACGAGUAGAGAGCUCGAGUGCCCGUCGCACAUCGCGUGGAAGGGACAAUACAGAUGGCAGGAGAGGUGGGGGGCACCGGGGCGAUAGUACGGAAGGCCGCAGGGGCCCCCGUGGUCCGAGUCCGGACGGCAGAAGGGGGUGGGGAGGUCGUGGUGGAAGCCCUGAGGUGUACAGAGAGGUCCGUCGUUCUCCGUCUCCUCGUCGCAACGGGGGCUGGCGUGACGGCCCUUGGCCUCGAGGCCCCCGAGGACGCGAGUUCCGUUCGCGGGGUCCUGGGGGACCCUUUCGGCGGUUCGGAGACGACUUUGGCCGACACCGAGGUGACUUCCGCCGCAGAGACAGAGACAGAGACAGAGAGUGGUGGCCCCCGGCGGGGCGGCGGAGCCGCAGCCGUGACAGACCGCGACGCGAUGUGGGGCGGUCGCCGUCCCCGGUGAGAAGAGGUGGGAACGGCCCGGCGGGGGGAAGCAGUGGGGGUCCUUCUGCUUCAGGGGCCAGCGGGGAGAAUACAUCUACCGUGGGGAGCACAGCGACGCGUCUGGGGCCCCGCGAUGAGCUGUUGCGACGCCAACGGGAGGAAGAGCUCCGCCGCAAGGAGGUGGAGGAGGCUCGGCGCGACGACCUUACAGUGCUCGUGCUGAACCUGUCGCUUAAAGCAGAUGAGCGGCACAUUUAUGAAUUCUUCUCCGCAAACGCGGGGAAGAUCCGCGACAUCCAGCAGAUCAGAGACCAACGGUCUGGGGUCUCCAAGGGCGUCGCUUACGUCGAGUUUUACACCCAAGAGGCGGUCAUCAAGGCGAUGGCCCUCAAUGGCAUCUCGUUCAAAGGGCAGCCGCUUCGCGUGCAGGCCUCCAUGGCGGAGAAGAACAGAGCUGCAAGAGCCGCCAAGUGCCCCAUCACUCCAGCGCCGGACGCGGCUUCGUUGCAAAUACCGAUGAGAGUUUACGUUGGGGGGUUGGUUGGCAACCUAGCAAGUUUGACCAAGGAUGACCUGCAUUCCUUAUUCUCUCCGUUUGGAGCCAUUCAGGAGAUCAUUCUCCCCAUUGAUCCGAACACGGGAGAGGGCGUCGGCUUCGCCUUCAUCAUGUUCUCCGCCACAGGCGACGCCCACGAUGCGAUGCAGCAAAUGCAUAAAUUCAAAAUUGAUGGACAGGAACUCAGAGUAGGUUACGCAGCAGAUGGGGUGCGCCUUUCGGGCUCCCUCCCAGAGGGAUCACCGGCAGCGCCUCCGGGGGCCAUAGCGGCUCCCCAAGCAGCCCCGGGAUUGUUGGGGGGCCCGGGCAUUCCUCCACACGUCGUUGCUGCUACUCAAGUCUCCUAUGAAGCCCAGCUAGCGAAGCAGCUAGCUGAGAAGGCAGCUAGUCUCAUGCGGCAGCAGCAACCGCAACAAGCACAGGAAGGACAGGCACAGGCGCAGGAUAACGAUGACGAGGGAGGGCUCGAUGAUGAUGACAUUGGAUACAUUCACGACCCUUCUCGUAAACAGGCGCUUAUGCAGAAACUCAUGGAUAGAUCCACCGCUGCUCUUGCUUCGACCAGCGGGACUCGCCCUGCUGCCUCGCCCACCAGCGAGGCGCAGCAGCAGCAGCAGCAGCCUCCUCCGCAAGCGUCCCCGUCAACAGACAAACAACAGUUCCUGCGGAGCUCGAGCGGUCCACGUGUGGGCGUCGGGGGUCUGGCGCCUGGGGUGAUGACGUCCAAUUUGGUGUUGCGGGGCAUGUUCAACCCCAGUGCAGCGGAUGACGAGUAUUACUUCGAAGACAUCCGGGACGACGUGAAGGAGGAGUGCGGGAAACACGGGUCCGUUGUUCAGGUUUCGCUGAGCGAGAAGGAUGAGGAGGGAAGAGUCUUUGUAAAGUUCACGGCGCCCUCCGUGGCCUUAGCCGCCCAAAACGCCCUCAAUGGAAGGUUCUUCGGGGGCCGGCAAAUCCACGCCGAGUUCGCCACCGAUGCUAUGAUCAACGCUGUGUGCAGCAGUAACAGCACAAACACCAACACAAGCAGCAACAGCGGCAGUAACUCGUGA